GGCGUGACAUCGCAGGUAAAACAUUGCUAAAAGUGACAACAAACAAAAUAUUGGUUUGCCAUUUGCUCUAAAACAGAAAUGAACUUAAUCGCUGGUCUGAAAUUAAACUAAAUUAGUUAGAUACUUUGGGACACAAUGGAGACAAAGAUCACCAGUAAAACAAGCAGUCUUCAAGCUCUCCUACUGCGUGCCUGGCGCGAGAGGUGGAAUGAUUUACAAUGGGGGAUCCAAAUAAAAACCGUUUUGCCACGCGGGGUGAGUGGUGAUGUCCACAACCUGGCCGAUUGUAUUUUGCAGCAGGCUCUGGUAGGCCCUGGACCAAAUCAGCUUGUUCUGUCUUACCUCAAACAUUCCCUAAGUUCUCAGCUUGUCUCAUACGCUGCUGUUCUUCAACGUAUAAGCAAGUACGAUGGAGUAAAUAAGCCUCACUGUGUGAUCAGUUUGUUGGAACUGGUUGAGGCCAUUCUGGGUCGGAUGACGUGUCGAAGCAAGGCUGAAGAAGGUGCGCUGGCAUCUGCGGUGUUGUCGUUAGUCAGCUGGCUCACCAUGGUGGCUAUGCACGCAUACAAAAAGCUGGUUGAGCUUGGUUCCAGUCCAGAACACACCACCAUGUUUGUUAGAUCCACAGCUAUGUUCUCCAAGGUUCUCGAUUGCGAAUUUGCUCGAGCUAUGUUUUGCUUAGCAAGACUGGAUGACAAAGAUCUUCAUGGGGAUUUUGUGAACAAAUGUGUGGAGCUGGAGAACGCCCUUUCCCAGGUGGCAAAUCUCAAUUUGGGAAUCGAUGUUGAAGAAAAUGCGCAGACCCUAAAGAAGCUGAGAAGCCUGGACAUCAACACAUUCUCUAUAAAUUCAAAUACUGCAAUUGAGCCAAUCACUUAUUGCUUGCAACCACUUCUUGCAGUGGAGGUCCUGCUCAAUCCCAGCGCUGAUACUCAGUUCUUUGUAAAUCAGCUCCUUCUGAUCCAACGCCUCAAGUGCUAUUCACUCUCUCGCCUGUGCUCGGAGCUUAUUAGAGCUUGUUUGCUGUGCUUACGAGACGCGCUCGGAGGAAAUGACGAGUCUCACUGGGGUGCAUUCACAUUCCUGAAACUUCCUCAAAUACUGCUGAAACUGCACUCAAAUAAAGGGAGCGUUGGUGAAGAUUAUUCUCAGGAUAUCAUUGAGGCCAUGGAGAUGGUACUUCAGUUCACUGCUCUGCUGGACACCCUUGACGUCAAAAGCACUUGCAACGUGGUGGAGUGCCUCGCCUCUGAACUGCACCGAGUUGGCCUCAUCUCUGAAAAGCAGGCGCAAGCUUUUGCAGCAAAGAGGGAGGGAGCCGUGUCUUCUGUCAUCAAAAUUGACCCCAACAGCCAACAGGCAGCUGGCACUAUUCUAAAAGUGAUUGUGCGGGCUGAGCCUACACUGGCCAAGAUUCUGACCACGCUAGAUUCGGACUAUCUUAAUAAUCAGGCAGAAAAUCUACUUGGGGUUCUAUCCCAGGUUUUGACAGGCAAGAGUUUUGAAUUGAUCCUUGCUGUUGCCACAGUAGAAGAUAAGUUAAGAACAUUUGUCUCAAAGUUGAUCAACUUCAAUGAGCUUAGUCGUGUGCCGGGAGUUGACGAGGCGUCCUCUGGCAAAGGUUCUCUCACCAGAGCAAUGCUGUUUGACGUCUCUUUCUUGAUGCUCUGUUCCAUCGUCCAGUCCUAUGGAUCUGAGGUUGUUCUCAAUGAAGAUGGCACGCCAGGAAACUCAUUCUUUGAAAAAUGGGUCAAUGAGUGCAUGGCUGAGAAGGGGCAUCCAAAAUCACCAGACCAGAUGCUAAGCAACUGCGAUAUGACAAAAUUAGAUGCCCUCUUGACUCAGUUCACCGCUCCUGAUGCAGAAUUUAAAACCAAUCAAGUGAAGUGGCACGAAGUGUGUCAGCUUGUUCCGGCUGCAACAAAAGAGCUGCUUUUUGCCUGGGAGCAAGGUGCACUCUCUCCCACAGACGUAAAGUUGUCUCUGGACAACAUGCGAUCCCGCAUGGGCUGCUUGCCGGUUUGCGCCGCUUCGUGGCUGUGCAGUUACAUGCAGAUUUUGGACCACGACGCUCUCCUUAAACCUAUGAACAUGGUUCAACAGUUUUUGACCCCCACUGAUGACAUGCCGCAGCAAGAUAACUACAAGGAGAGGUCAAACCUGAUGUUCCAGAUUAUCAGGAAAAUGCAAUACGACAUUCACCCACCAUUGGCCAGCAAAACCAAGCUGUCCCACAAUAUUGUAUCUGGACUGCCGAUCAGUGAGCAGCUUGUGUCUGUGUGGAAUAGCACACACAAAAAAGGUUGGAUUAAUGUUGAAGCUACAAAUACUCUUGAGUCGCUGAUUCUCACUGGUGGGCCGCUCUGGUUUGUCACCAAUGUUGUGAAGGAGGUCCUGAGCUACAGAUGCAGCGGUGACCUGGACAAGGCUGUCGACCUGGCAUUUGGAAUAUUCCACUUGGAUAUCGAGUCUUGCACACUAAAUCUUGUGCAACACCUGCUACCAAUUUACCUGCACAACAAAAAUCAGGGAGGCGACCUAGUAGAGCCUCAGGCGUCUGCGAUUGCCAGGUUGUGUGCAUAUUGCAUUUUUGCUGCCCUUGAGUUUGGCAGCAACCAGGUGUCAGGCCAGCCCAGUACGAGGAAACGAGCAAGAAUGUACAGUGAUGCCGAGGAUUUGGAAAGCAUGGUACCUGCUGCAAAAAUGUUGCGACUUGGCUCUACAGAUUCUCAGAGUGAGGCAAGCGCAAGCCUGAUGUUUGUCGCCAACAGUGCAAGUCAAGCAGCUGUCCCAGACGACUCCAACACAUCUAAUCUACCAAUGAUAAAAGAGCCCUUAAAGACAGCUUUACAAAAGCUUUUUGAGACCUUCUCCUUCAUCGCUCAGGAUGGACGGAUCACGCAGCACAAGCACUUCCUCUUGCGCUUCCUGGAGUUCUGCGUCUUGUGUGGCAAGGAAAAAGCGCGCAUUGUCUUCCAGGUGAUGCCAAGCAACCUGGUGCCGAAUUUGCUGAGCUCGCUGCCCGACUGGUUCAGCUACCAGUUGUUGUUGCAACUCUACGACACCAGCACCUCUUCUGGCCGAAGAGACACCGCCCGAGACCUCUGCAUGCUACGCAACAUGUCCCUUCAGCCUCCCCCUCUAACGUAUGCCAGUGAGCUUACUUCAAAAUCGGGAUAAAUCCGAGUGUGUUGUACAUGUUGGUUUUUGUAUUACUUUUUAUUAUAAAUUAAACUUCUCAAGCAGUUAAA